AUGCUGAAAACUACCCACUCCAUCAGACAUAUAUCACUAAUAAAAUGUCUGUACAAAGCCCCAAUAUCCAGCAAACUCGAAGAUUAUGAUGUUGUGAUCAACCCCAAUUCUCAACUUUUCAAUAAGUUUAUGGAUGAGCAUGGAGCCAAGCGAUUCGACUUCAAAGCUGAAGACUAUACAACCUGGAAAACUGCAUGGGGAGAAGACUAUAGACUGGGAUUGUUUUUCUUAAAAGGUUCUGAAAAUUUAGCCUUCUCAUUUCAUACGAUCCACUACAAAUCGCUAGGACUUCUCCCAGAUUUUCGACAUCUCGGAAUCGCUUGGAUACCAGAAAAGUAUCGAGGAAAGGAGAUUCUGAAAGUGGUUACUGACUACCUCAUACAAGAAGAACAAAUGAAAAAGCAGAAUAUGUUGGCAUGUAAUGUUCAUUGGUCCCAAAACUUCUGGAAGAGAGCAACUGGAAAAAGUGAUAUUAGUGCAUGCACAUACUAUAUCUCGUAUUACGAAAUGUCAGAUUUUAAAAUUCCCAAAGUUUCAGAGAUGAAAAAAGAUGUUGUUGUCAAGACUGUCAACACGGAAACAGUUCAUGAUGUUUUGAAAUAUGAUAGAGCAAUAUUUCCAUUCGAUCGCCAAAAUUGGAUGAAAUCACUUUUUCUAGAAGGAAUCGGUCGUAUUGCAUAUGAUUCAGAUGGAAAAGUAGUUGGGAUUGGGUGUCUUUCGAUUUAUCCAUCUGGAGAAUGUGUAAUUAGUCCUUUAUACGCGGACGAGGAGAAGGUGGCACAGGAAAUAUUCAGAAGCAUUCUUGAAGAGAUUUUAUUGAAGCGUAAUGAGAAAUUAUGGAGAAUGCAAGUUAGAUCGAACGAUCAGUGUGUUCAAAGUUUUCAAUGGAUCCAACCACUUUUGAAAACUCCAAUCCGCCGGUCCCAUUUAUCGAAUCUCUGCUACUCAAUGUAUCCACCAAGACACUUUUUCGAUUUUUCAAAAGUUUUCGUCAAUGCCCACCCAACAAAUGGUCCAUGUUAA